UUCUUCUUUCAUUGGUUUGUUCUUCCACAUUUGUUUCUUCUUCCACUUGUUCUUAUACAAUAAUCGGAACCCGAAAGGAAACUUCAUAGAAUCAACUACGAAACCCUAAACUAUUGACAUCUUCAUAUAUUCACCUUUUAAUCACCUCCAAUCGUUCACGUGUAAACACAGCUCAACCAAAAAAAAAAAGAUGAAUCCAAAUCAUGUUAUUACAAUAGAACAAGAGGUGAAAUUCAUGAACACCCAAAUGAAAAAACCACCAAAAUUACUACACAAGUCAGCUGGAAAUGACUCAUGUUGCAUAUUCAGAGUCCCCCAGAGUCUUUUCGAGAUCAACAGGGAAGCAUAUCAACCUCGAAUCGUCUCAAUCGGCCCAUACCACCAUGGAAACAAGCACCUUGAGAUGAUCGAAGAACAUAAAUGGAGGUACCUGGAUGAUUUGAUCCAAAGAACAGGUAAGUCAAUUGGAUAUUUCAUGACAAUCAUAGUGUCAAUGCAGGAUCGAAUCCGACAAAGCUACUCAGAAUCUCUUGAUCACUUUUCCGCCAAUGAUCUUGCUAAAAUGAUGGUGCUUGAUGGGUUUUUCUUGAUUGAAUUGUUCAGAAAAGUUGGAAAGUUGGUUGAGACUGAUACAGAUGAUCCAAUUUUCAGAAUGGUUUGGGUGUCUCCAUUUUUGAUGAGAGAUCUUUUGAAAAUCGAGAACCAAAUCCCAUUUGUUGUUCUCCAAAAGUUGUUUGAUGUAUCUAAAGAUGGGUCUAAACCCGAUGAUCGCACACUUUCAACUUUAAUCCUUGAGUUUUUCAAUUACACAGUUGAUAGAAAAAAAGAGAUAUUAAAUGAACACAAGAAUACCGAAGGGAAACAUUUACUAGAUUUUUUCCGAAAAAGUUUCAUAAACCCUAAAGAACAAAACCCAGUUCCCACCUUUGACAUAUCCAAAAACUCUUCCCAAAAACUUAUCCAAACCCCGACCAAACUCAAGAUCAAUAACUCUUACCUUAAACUUAUCCCCCCAGCGAACAAACUCAAGAUCGUUGGAGUUACGUUUAAGGCAAGUCAUGAACCCGAUAGCUUCUUGGACAUUGAGUUCCGAAAUGGUGUUCUUUCGAUUCCUCAAAUAAACAUGGACGAUUUUUACAGUUCGUUCUUUUUGAACUGUAUUGCUUUCGAGCUGUGUUAUUUUCAUUGCUCCAAACAUAUUACAACUUACGUUGUGUUCAUGGGAUGUCUAAUGAACACUUCAACUGACGUGGGUGUGCUUUCGGAAGACAAAAUUAUUGAGAAUUAUUUUGGAACGGAUAAAGAGCUAGCGAAAUUUUUCAAAAGUGUUGGAAAAGAUGUAGCUUUUAAUAUAAAAGAUAAUUACUUGACAGGUUUGUUUGUGGAAGUAAAUGAGUAUUGCGAGAAUGGGUGGCAUGUGCAUUUGGCUGGGUUUAAGCAUACGUAUUUUGAGAGCCCAUGGGCUGCAGUUUCAGCUUUCGCGGCCUUUUUGUUGCUUUGUUUUGCGGGUUUGCAAACAUUUUAUACUGUCUAUCAGUAUUAUAAAGCUAAGAAAGGGUAGAGACGGGUGGUUCGAGGGUGGUGUGAAGAUGGCGAUUGAUUGGUGGAUAAUGUUGUAGUUUUAAUAUUGAACUUAUAUUUGUAAUAAAUUCAUCGUAUAUGUGUUGGUUUCAACAUAUUUUCUAUAGGUUGUAAGUUUCAAAGGCAUGUUUGUAUAUGGCAUUCUUGCUACGUUUAAUGGUAUUUACAUGCUAUAUUUAUGUGUA